AUGUCCCAGGAGUUUGCUGAUAACUUUGUGUUCGCGGAGUUCCUUGAUGUUUGGGGGCCCAAGCCUUCUCGCGCUUCGCCUUCUGUGAUCCCCAGCCCCGUCCCGAGCCAAGGCUUCGACUCCAGGCCAUCUUCUACCUCGUCCGCGCCAUCGGGAUAUUCAUCUUAUGAAUGCCCCUCGCCUACCUAUUCGGAGUGGUCUACGGCGUCCGAAACUUUAUUCCAGCCUACGCAGUAUUGUGCGGUCCAGCCUCAAUACAUUGGCCAAACCGGCUAUUAUAAUGUAAGUUGAUUUUUUUUUGUUAAUUUUGAAUAUUUUAGCUUUAAGGUCUUACUAAUACAUUAUAUUUACAGCAGCCUCAAUAUUAUUGCCCUCCAGCCAACGCCCAAACGCAAUACCCAAUGGGAAUGGGCUCAUAUGGAAUGCCGAUGGCCUACCAACCUCAGCCAGCGCCCUACCAGCCUCAGGGCCAUCUCUGUCAACGCGACGCCAACUACGAUGUCUGCUUUUGUCGACAUUGCAUGCAGAAAAGCCGCAAGCCCUACAGGCAUAAUUAA